AUGAGCAAACCAAAGAGUCUCCAUGAUGAUGAUUCCACUACUGGAGCAUCAUCAGUCUCAUCGCAAAGAGCCACCGCAAGCAAUGGUGGUGAAGAUUCCGAUGAGAGAAAAUUACUCCAAAAUUUAAAAACAAACAACAAGCGACCAACAAGUAGCCGUCAUCAUCAAAUUCCGCUGCUAUUGUUGAGUGAUUUAGGAUUAUUUGCUUCCAUGAUGUUACAUUUUAUUAUUUGUCCAUUUACCAAAGUGGAAGAGAGUUUCAAUACUCAAGCUACAUUUGAUAUUUUGAGCAAAACGAGUACAAGCGAUUUUGAUCACAUGUUUUUUCCGGGAGUAGUACCACGUACUUUUAUUGGAGCGAGUAUUGUAUCAACUUUGGUCCAGAUGGUUCGUCCAAUACUCUUUCCGAUAUUUCAAAUGUUUUCAUUUAUAUCCACAGAUGCUCCAUCGGAUUUGUUAUUGAUGCGAUUUGUGUUGGGAUGCUUAUCAUUUACCGGAUAUCAAUUUUUCAAAAAUGGAAUUCGAAUCAGAUUUGGAACAUCCAUUGCUCUUUGCUUUAAUAUUAUUAACUUGGUUCAAUUUCAUUUGCUGUUUUACAUGUCACGACCAUUACCAAAUACAUUUGCUCUGAUAUUAGUAUAUAUUGCAUUUGGUUUUUGGACAAGGAAUCAUGUAAAAUCCAUGUUCUUUUUGCUUGGUUUUACCGCAGUUGUUUUUAGGAGUGAUGUAUUUGUAUUGAUUGUGCCUCUAGCAUUUCUAUGUCUUUCCACUCAACAAAUUCAUUUAUUCUCCGGUAUAUGGGUUGGAGUUACGUCUAUUGUGUCGGGCGUCAUCUAUUCGAUAUUGGUCGAUUCAUAUUUUUGGAGGAGAUUUAUUUGGCCCGAAGGGGAGGUGUUCCUCUAUAACACCGUAGAAAAUAAGAGUAUUCAUUGGGGAGCAUUACCGUUCCAUUGGUAUUUCACUUCAGCUCUACCUCGGUCCUUGCUGUGUGCUCUCACAUUUAUUCCAUUUUCAUUGGGAGGAUUGAAACGAUCACGAUCCGAAUCGAAUGACACGACAAAAAUUUCGAAAUUGGUACUUAUUGGGACCAUGUUUUGUGGUGCAUUAUUAUUUGUUAUUCUUUACUCGUUCCUUCCUCAUAAGGAGCUACGAUUUAUUUUCUAUGCCUUGCCAUUGUUCAAUUUGGUAGCUGCUAUUGGCUUGAGUUCGUUGUUAAGUGGAAAUAUUGUGAAAAUUGCUUUUGCGACGCUCUUGUUGACUGGUUCUCUUUUUUCGAGCUCACUUUUCUUGCAUGUGAGUUCGCUCAAUUAUUACGGAGCUGGAGGCUUAAUGAAAUUACAUGAUUAUCUUGACAAUAGUAGAAAUAGUACGGAGCCUGUUCUUAUUCAUAUGGAUGCGCAUGUGACAAUGAAUGGUGUUUCUCAAUACCUAUAUCGUGAUCAGUACUCGUAUUCUAAACUUGAAAUUCUCGACAAUACAACACUCAAUACCAUUCAUCAAGAAAUGUUUACACACCUUUUAACAGGAGAACAAAUAUUGAAUAAUGCAAAUUUUAGACUCAUUGGCAGACAAAGUGGAUUUAAGAAUUUAAAUUAUCGAAAAAUUCUCUCAAAUCCAAGUGAACUCGUAGUUAUAGAACAUAAAAUUUACAUGUAUGAACGAGUUGGAAUUCCAGAGUAUCUGAUUCCAAUUGUAAAAUGGGCACAAAGACGUGACAAAGUUUUAUUAACAGUAGAAUUAUCCAAUGCGACUGAAUUGAGUAUUCACAUGACCGAUCGAGAUGCCAUCAGUUUUAGAGGCAAAUCCUCCGGUCGGUGGUAUUCCUUUGAUCUUAAAUUAUUUGAUGAUAUUGGAAAGUUGACCUUUGAACCUGGAAUUCGUUGGAUCAAAAUCACUCUUCUCAAACGAAAAUCAUACUUUUGGACUAAAUUAUCAAAAGAUCCAUCAAAUCCAUUCAAGAAAGAUUGGGAUAAUUGGGUUGAAACAGAAAACGAAGAUGACUACAAUCCUGAGCUGGCUCUCUCUUCAUUGGAUCCUUCUGUGAUUCAACAAUGGUAUACAGAGGGACAUGGUACCACAGAAACGGUCAUGUUGAAAAAGGCCAUUUCACUUGUUGUAGGAAAAACAAGCGCUGAGAACACAUUUAAUCGAGUUCUGAUUCGAAUUCACAAAAUCAUUGAUCAAUCCCAACGUCUCUUCUCCCCUAUUCAAUAUUCACGAUUAGUGACAUUUUCUUUAUUUGGAAUGGUCAUUGUGUUGUAUCUGAACAAUAGUUUGGUGCAGGGAAGUAAAUUGAAACAGGAUUAG